CCUGUAAGGGUUGCGAACCCGAAUAUUUGUGGUGCCGGGCGGCUGCUGAGCCGGGAGGGAAGCGGCUCCUAGUAGCCUGCCGUGUGGGGAGCGGGCGCCAACUGCUGCGAGUCCUUCCUGAAGCAGCACGGUGUGAGAACAGUUUAGCUAUCAAUGGCAUCCACAGUGAAUCUGAAAGAAGCCAAUGGCAACCAAAGUUCCUGGGAUACUUUGCUACCAGAUUUCCCCAAGGGGCCGCUCUGCAAAUAUCGAAAGAAAGCUUCCUUCAACUGGAAGGAGAUGGCAGUGUUUCUGGAUGGCGAGGAUAUCAUCCAGCUUAAGAACAGAAUCUUCUCUGCUCUAGAAAAUGAUCCUGUCUUCGCACAUCGUCCUGGAGAAGAUUUGAGCCGUGAGAAGUAUCAGGAGCUGACGUUCCUGCGCUGUAAAAGACUCUUUGAGUAUGACUUUCUUACUCAGCAAGAGAUCAUAGAGAACCCAUUAAAGAUAUUUAAUAUGGUUAUCUGUAUAGGAAUGUAUGAUUGGUCUCCGUGUCUCCAGUAUUUCUUACAUUGCGGUGUAUUUGCAGGUACAAUUUUGAGUGCUUCAAUGAGGUUUGCAGACUUACUGAAAAAAGUUUUUAACAUGGAGAUUUUUGGAUGUUUUGCUCUGACUGAACUCAGCCAUGGAACUAAUACCAAAGGCAUACGGACCACUGCCACAUUUGAUCAUAGCACUCAGGAAUUUGUCAUCAAUACACCUGACUUUGAAGCUGCAAAGUUCUGGGUUGGUAAUAUGGGGAAACAUGCCACCCAUGCAGUUGUGUAUGCCCAACUCUAUACUCCUGAUGGACAAUGCCAAGGAUUACAUUCCUUUAUUGUACAGAUUCGAGAUACAAAAACUCUCCUACCUAUGCCAGGUGUCAUGGUAGGUGACAUAGGAAAGAAACUUGGGCAGAAUGGUCUGGAUAAUGGGUUUGCCAUGUUUCACAACGUCAGGAUACCUAAAGAAAACAUACUGAAUAUAGCUGGAGAUGUCACAGCUGAGGGGAAAUACUCAAGUUCUUUCAAGGAUGUUAAAGAGCGUUUUAGUGCAUCUCUUGGGUCUUUGUCCAUUGGCAGAAUUCUGAUCACAGCAGUUUCUGCGACCAAUUUAAAGCUUGCCUUAUCAAUAGCCAUUCGCUUCUCAGCAACUCGCCGUCAGUUUGGACCAACUGAUGAAGAGGAGAUACCUGUUCUUGAAUACCAAACACAGCAAUGGCGUCUUCUUCCUUAUUUGGCUGCUGCCUAUAUCUUAGAUUAUUUCUCCAAAUCACUGUUCGAGAACUUCGUAGAAUUUUUUGCAGGCUUAUUGACAAAGCAAAGGAGUCAGAGGCAGGCUGAUUUGGGACGUGAGAUUCAUGCCUUAUGUGCUGCCAGCAAACCACUGUCUUCUUGGACUGCUCAGCAGGCAGCCCAGGAGUGUCGAGAAGCUUGUGGAGGACAUGGUUACCUUGCGAUGAAUCGUCUGGGUGAAAUCCGAAAUGACAAUGAUCCAAACUGCACAUAUGAGGGAGAUAACAAUGUCCUGCUUCAGCAAACCAGCAACUAUUUAAUGAGCUGGAUGAAUUGCAUAAGAGAUAAAGUGCCUUUCGAAUCCCCUCUUGGAACAAUAAACUUCUUGCAAGACUACCAUCACAUCCUUGGCUGGAAAUUCACAGCCAUUAGUGUUGAAGACUGCAUGGACUCCUCAGUUCCUUUAGCAGCAUAUAAGUGGCUGGUUUGCAACCUGCUCCGAGAAAGUGACCUAAAGCUGAGAAAGGAGAAGCAGUCAGGGCAAAGUGAUUUUGAGGCAAAAAACAACUGUCAGGUGUACUACUGUCGAUCACUAGCCAUUGCUUUUAUUGAACAAACAGUCUUACAAAGAUACCAUGACUACGCUCAUGAUCCCAACAUACCAUCUGCUCUGCAGACAGUGCUUAAGAAUCUCAGUGCGCUGUAUGGACUCUGGUCUUUAAGUAAACAUCUGGCUGUGCUCUACCAAGGUGGCUAUGUUUCAGGUGAACAAGCUGGCAGAUUUAUUCAGAAUGCUAUUCUGGAGCUUUGCUACAGGUUGAAAGAUGAUGCAGUUGCCCUUGUUGAUGUCUUUGCUCCUCCUGACUUCAUUCUCAACUCUCCCAUUGGUAAAGCUAGUGGUGAGAGGUGUCACCAGACCUACAAGCAGGAUGCAGGAUGUGGGUGCACCAUGGAUUUGGCUUUACUAGUUAUAUAAGAAUAUGUGGUCGGAGAUCCUUCAAGGCAACAAAGCUCUGAACAGACCUUCGUGGUGGGCAGAAUUUUGUAUUAAUAAACCUGUUACAGGCAGGCUGAGGUCAAGAUUGUAAACCAAACAACUUGUAAAAGGCCAGAUAGGCCUGAGAUGGAUACCAUAUUUCAAACGUCAGGAGGAAAUGAGACCAUAUGUCAAACACUGAAAAGAAAGAUUUUCAUAUAGAAGUGCCAAGUUUUAAAAUAACUUUGAAAUCAGGUCCAACUUGGUCUCAAGGACUCUUAACAUAAUAAUGACAGGAGUGGGAGCAACACAUCUGCACACUAUUCAUAUUUACUCAGUUAAAUACAAAGAAUGAAGGUUCAUAAUGAUCAUUGCUUUGCAAAGUUUCUGUAAAUGAAGUGUUCCAAUUGCUCUCUAGACCAAUGGCAUAUUACAGAAGUUAAAUAGUUAAAAAACAUUUCCUCCAGGGCAUAUGAACAAACUGAACAAAUUAUUUUUUUCAAGAUUCUAGGAUAAUAUUAGCAAAAUAAAAGAGAAUCGGAAGAAAAAAAGGAAAAAGACAACAAGAACAUCAGCAGUGGUAAACCUGCAAUAAGAGACAGGAUUCAUUCCUGACAGCCAUGAAGCUCUUCUGAUUUACUUCAUGCACCUCUGUGUUAAACUGCUUAAUUGCUCUUCCAAUGCAAGAAGAGGAUUGGGUUUUUAGAUAAUCUGCCUUUGAAUUGUGUGUACAUACAACAUCUGUACAUACAACAAAUCAAACAUGAUUCAUGCAUCUUUUUUUGAUGUAGUAGUACAAACUCAAAAGUCUUGUAUAUAUUUUCAUUGUUGAUUAUAACAUUUUCACUGCUGCAUAACUGGUAUCAAGUCUGGUAUGUGUUGAUGCACAGAAAUUGCACUGUUUUAGGUCAGAAUAUAUUCGAAUUAUUAUAAAUAAAGAAUUAAAAGUACAUACAACAGUGAUAGGCAUUAUUAAAUGUAUUAGUAUUUUUCACUUUCAGCUAUAUUAACUGUCAAAUGUUUUUAACUGUCAUUUUUUCUUCAGAAAUGGAAAAGACUAACAGAACUUUGAAAAUUCAGAAUAUUUUGUUUCAGAUAUGUUGUGAAAAACUAAUUUUUCCUUUAUUGUGUCUAUGAACUGAAGUACUGUUAUGCCUAAAUCUUGUUUCUUUUUUUUUUUUUGUUAUGAACAAUCCUUUCAAGCCAAAGAGAUUAUUUAUCAGUUCAAAAGUUGAGUAUUUAUGGCUAAUUAUGGAUGAUUUUUGGCUUGGGCUAUUAAAUGAAUGUGAAUUCAAUACUUGAGUGUUGAAUUCCACUUGAGCAGAA